AUGGAUCUUUCUAAUAUCUUUCGACUUGUCAACAUCGCCGUUGGCGUGAUUAUGGUUCUGGGCGGUAUCUCCCAAUUCUUCCCUCCGUCCAUGAGCUCCAUCAUCGUUGGUGGAUAUGUGAUUGUCUUUGGUCUCCUUGUCGCUGGGCUGGAAUUCCUGCCCAACGUCCCGGAUUAUGUCUACCGCUAUGCUUCUUUCCUGUUCUCCUUCCUUGGCCGCGGUAUCUUCUAUAUCUUCGUUGGUUCGAUCCUGCUGCACGACCACGUGUUGCGCUACAUCGCUGGCUCUAUUGUCGGAUUUAUCGGCGUGGGUUACUUGGCCCUGGAGUUCAUCCCCUCGAUUGAGCCCCCCUCCAACAUGCGCGAGAGCGACCAGGGAUGGGGCGCCGAGCAGGUUUAA